AUGGAUCUAGCUUCAGUUCACGACCUCAAAGGCGUCCUUCGUCCGGACUUUUUUCAUGGUUACGCCACAGCCGCAGCCCAGAUAGAAGGCGCCUGGGAUAAAGACGGCAAAGGCGUCUCGAUCUGGGACACAUUCGGCCAUACACCAGGCAAGGUAGCCGAUGGCAGUAACGCCGACGACGCAACACGCGCAUACGACUUCUACCGCGAAGAUGUCGCCUUGAUGAAAUCCUACGGCGUCAAUGCAUACAGAUUUUCACUAUCUUGGUCGCGUAUCAUCCCGCUCGGAGGCCGUGACGAUCCUGUGAAUGAGCAGGGAAUACAAUACUAUUCGAAUCUAGUCGAUGAGCUUUUAGCUAACGGUAUCACGCCCUUCGUUACGCUCUUCCAUUGGGAUAUACCGCAGGCGUUGGAGGAUCGGUACGGCGGGAUGUUGAAUCAGGAUGCGUACACCCCUGACUUCAUUCGGUAUGCACGCGUGUGCUUUGAACGGCUCGGCGAUCGCGUUAAGCACUGGAUUACAUACAACGAGCCUGGAGUGUAUACAUUAGCCGGAUACGCAGCCGGCGUGCACGCACCAGCACGAUCUUCUUUCCGAGAACGCAAUGCGGAGGGAGAUUCAUCCACCGAGCCGUUCAUCGUCGCGCAUACAGAACUGGUAUCUCACGGUCAUGUGUCGAAGAUGUAUCGUGAAGAGUUCCAGCCUCAGCAAAAGGGUACGAUCGGUAUAACGUUGCAUGGGAAUUGGUCCGAGGCUUGGGAUGAGGAAGAUGAACGCGAUCAAGAGGCUGCGCAGCGUGCACGUGAGUUCGAGAUCGCUUGGUUUGCUGAUCCGGUUUAUAAGACUGGUGAUUAUCCUGCUUCUAUGCGCGCUCAGCUUGGUGAUCGACUUCCCCGCUUUACGGAAGAGGAGUCGAAGCUUGUGCUUGGGAGCUCGGAGUUCUAUGGGAUGAAUAGUUAUACGACUUUCUUCAUGAAACAUACCACUGCGCCGCCGGAUAUCAAUGAUCAUAAGGGGAAUGUGGAGGUUUGUGAUGUGAAUAAGCGGGGUGUUUCUCGUGGGGAGGAGAGUGAUACUGAAUGGUUGCGAGCUAAUCCUCAGGGAUUCCGAAAGUUGAUAAAUUGGAUCUGGGCGAGGUAUCAUACUCCUAUUUAUGUGACUGAGAAUGGUACCACUGCGAAGGGAGAAGUGGCACCAACACCAGAAGUUCUGAAUGAUGACUUCCGCAUCAAGUUUUUUGAAGGAUAUGUGGGCUAUGCUUUGGCUCGAGCUGUGAAGGAGGAUGGAGUUGAUAUUCGGUCUUAUUUUGCGUGGACCUUUACUGAUAAUUGGGAAUGGGCCGCUGGCUAUGCCGACCGAUUUGGAAGUACUUGGAUUGACUUUGAGUCUGAGAAUAAGACUCGGUACCCCAAGCAAUCUGCUUACUACCUGGAUCGUCUGUUCAAGCAUUUGAUCCGUGAGCAAUAA